AUGGAUCAGAGGUCAUUAGAAGCUGCUGCUAAAUCUGGAAACAUCGAUCUGUUAUACGAACUAAUCCAUGAAGAUCCAUACGUUCUCGCUAAAACCGACAACGUGCCGUUCAUCGAUACUCCUCUCCACGUGGCAGCCGUCGCUGGGAAAGCAGAGUUUGCGAUGGAGAUGAUGAACUUGAAACCAUCUUUUGCUCGGACACUUAACGCCGACGGACUUUCGCCGUUACACCUAGCCGUCAAUCACGGUCACGUCUGGCUAGUACUUGAACUACUUAAGGUUGAUCCAAGCCUUGUUCGUUUUAAAAGGAGAGAAGGUACGACGCCAUUGCUUCUUGCCGUGAGUAACAAGAAUAUCGAUUUGAUAUCAGAAUUCUUCUUGGUCUGCCCCGAGAGCAUCGUGGACUCAAACGUUUACGGAGAGAACGCUCUUCACAUCGCCCUCAAGAACGAGGACCAAAGAGAAGGAUUAACAGUCCUUAAAGUUCUCAUGGGAUGGAUCCUAAGAUUGUGUCAAAAAGAUGGAGAGAGGAUCGAGACAAGAGUCAUAAACGGAAGAGACAAAGAUGGUUACACGGCCUUACAUGUCGCAGCGCACGAGAACAAUCCCCAAGCUGUGAAAUUGAUGUUAGAGAGCUCCAAGAUUAACGUGAACAUCGAAGACAAGAGCGGUUUAACUGUUCUUGACAUUGCCGUAUUACGGAGACAAGAGAAUAACAGAAGAGAUAUAGAGAGAAUGGUUAAGAGACAUGGAGGAAAACGUUCGGUUUCUCUGGCUAAGAUCAAGACAACAUCGGAUGUUCUCGGCUCGCCGCUUACAUGGAGCGAAUCGAGUCAGACGGCG